AUGGGUAGUGUUGAGCACACAAGUACUUUCCACGAAGGCAUGGAUUCGAUCUAUCAGGUCAACGAGGCCGUUUUAGGGCAUGCCCGUCCAAUGCGAGUUGUUUGUAUCGGCGCUGGAGCAACAGGCUUGGAUCUUGCGUAUAGAGUCAGCCGGCACCUGCAGUCUGUUGAUCUUCAGCUUUACGACAAGAAUGAGAUACUGGGUGGAACGUGGUUUGAGAAUACAUAUCCGGGCUGUGCCUGUGAUAUUCCCGCCCAUAUCUAUGAGUAUGAAUGGGCGCCCAAUGCCAAUUGGACGCAAUUUUACGCCUCAGGGCCAGAGAUUCUGCAGUAUUUCCGCGAUACAGCGAGGACUCACGACUUGGAAAAGUACAUCAAGCUGCGUUCCGAAGUCAUUGAGGCUCGAUGGGCCGAGGACGAGGGAAAGUGGAUGCUAAAGAUUAAAAGUCAUUCGACUGGGGCCAUCAUUGACGAUUGGUGCCAUUUUCUCGUCAAUGGGGGUGGUUUUUUGAACCACUGGCAAUGGCCUAAUAUCCGAGACCUACAUACUUUCAAGGGCGCAUUAUUGCAUUCAGCUUCCUGGAACGCGAAAGUCGAUUUGGAAAAGAAGAACAUCGCUGUCAUCGGAAAUGGCUCGUCCGGUAUCCAGCUCGUCACGGCAUUACAGCAAGAUACGGCAAAUCAAAAACUUGAAUUCGCAGAAUAUCCAGAGAAGCAUCUCGAAUAUCGCAAAGCUAUUGAAAAUGACUUGAACAACGGGUUUAAAUCGGCUCUGUAUGAUUCUCCUGAACAAGCUUUAGCUAGAAAAACAUUGACGAACAUGAUGCGAAUACGAUUGGGUAAUCACCAUGCGCUGGCAGAUAGGAUAACCCCAAGUUUUGGAGUUGGAUGUCGGCGACCUACACCUGGUGUUGGUUAUUUGGAAGCUUUAACAGAACAGAACGUUCGGGUGGUUUUUGAUCCUAUCAAACGAGUUGUUCCGCAGGGCAUCGAACUCGAAACUGGAGAGGUCAUCCAACUCGAUGCGAUAGUCUGUGCGACGGGCUUCAAUGUCUCUUGGAAACCUCGUUUCCCAAUUAUUGGUAGAGGUGGUGUCGACAUGCGCGAUCAGUGGACUUCUAGACCCACAGCAUACCUUUCCUUAGCUGUGCCAAACUUUCCCAACUAUAUUUUGUAUAUGGGUCCAAACGGGCCCCUUUCUCACGGCUCUGCGCUUCCAAGUAUUGAACACAUCACACGAUAUGUAAUUAAGCUGCUCUAUAAGAUGCAGAUAGAAGGCUACAAAGCAGUUGUUCCUUCACAACAGGCUUUAGACGACUUCAUACAACACGCCGACGCUUUUCUUGCUCGCACGGGAGAGAUGAUGGUCCGGCUCUUGUCCAUCCUGGAAGUCGGCUUCACUGGUUUCACACGCUAUCAGCUCCUCGGUGGCAAGACUGGGAGUGGACCUCUUGGAAUCGCAACAGGUUCUCAUACCUUGGGAAUGGGUUCUCUACCAUGGACGGAGAAAACAAAGAUAAAUCUUGGUAUUUUGGGGAUGCAGAUCUUGGAUAUGAGGCGAUAA